CUACCCCUCCAACGGUCAAAACUAACUCACAAAUGUUCCUCAACUCUGCUUGUUCUCACUGAAACAUUUUCUCUCCCUUUCUCUGAUCUUUCACGCGGCAGACGAGAAUGUUGACGUGGACGUUGUUGCUUCGACAUUACCGAGAGAGAAAGAGGAGAUAGACUCAUCCAUGAAUCAGGACCAUCCAAUCACAACAUGAACCAAUAAUCAUAGCCGUCCAUCAUAGUUCUUGUCCGGACAUGCUUUAUAUAUGAUUAUAUCGUACACCUUCGACACUCCAUAACAUUUCCCAAAUCGACCGGCCACGACUGGGGAGGGGGGAGAGAGGGAAGUGACCGUUGUUAUGGUUUAUGGAAUCUCCGAAAGGAUCGAGAGCCACUGAGUCGACUCGCCACUGAAUAGCGGACUCGGACCGGCUGGCUCGUCAUCGUUGUCGUCAUAGUGAGUGAUGAGAACGGGCCUGUUCAGCCGUCGAACGGCUCUCGGGUUGCGACAAGGCGCGAUCUCGGCGGUUGGAUCGGUGAAGAUCAAACUUCUGCUCUCUUGCUGUAUAUUGUUCACCUUAAUCGCGUUCGCGAGCCGAACAUCGUCAUUUGUGGGAUGGAAGCAUCAUACUGGUGCUCCUGUUCAUCGAAUUUAUGGUCCGAGGAAAGGAUAUGCUAUUUUGAUUAACACGUGGAAGAGAAAUGAUCUUUUGAAACAGUCUAUCUCUCAUUAUACAUCAUGUCCUGGGCUUGACUCUGUACAUAUCGUCUGGAGUGAACCUGAUCCACCUUCAGAUUCUCUUGUUACCUAUCUAAACCAUGUGAUAAAAUCAAAUUCCAGGGAUGGUCGACAGAUUGAACUGAAAUAUGAUAUCAAUAAGGAAGAUAGUCUCAACAAUAGAUUUAAAGAAAUUAAGGACUUGAAGACAGAUGCCAUCUUUUCCAUUGACGAUGAUAUUAUAUUUCCUUGCUCUUCGGUAGAAUUUGCUUUCAGUGCUUGGCUGAGUGCACCAGAUGCAAUGGUGGGAUUUGUACCCCGCAUCCAUUGGGUCGAUCAAUUGAAAGGAAAUACGGACCACUACAUUUACGGAGGAUGGUGGUCUGUUUGGUGGAUGGGUACAUACAGUAUGGUACUCUCUAAAGCUGCCUUCUUCCACAAAAAGUAUCUCAGUUUGUAUACCAAUGAAAUGCCUGCAUCUAUCAGAAAAUAUGUAACUAAGAGCAGGAAUUGUGAAGAUAUUGCAAUGUCUUUCCUUGUUGCAAACGCAACUGGUGCUCCACCAAUAUGGGUGAAAGGUAAGAUAUUCGAGAUUGGCUCAACUGGAAUCAGUACCUUGGGAGGUCACAAUGAAAAAAGGACCGAAUGUGUUAAUAGGUUCGUUGCUGAGUAUGGGCGAAUGCCCUUGGUGUCAACAUCUGUGAAAGCGGUCGAUGGCCGGAACAUUUGGUUUUGGUGAUGCUAGAGUUUCUCAUUCCUUUACAUAGCUGCUUCCAUCCCCC